CGGUGAAACGCAAGAAGGUGACGUAUUUUUGCUACGUGUCAGGAAGUUCUGUAGUCAACAUGGCGGCGCAGCAGGGUGAUGUUGAUGAACUCUUCGAUGUGAAAAAUGCCUAUUAUAUCGGUAGUUAUCAGCAGUGUAUUAACGAGGCUCAGAAGGUGAAGCCGUCAACACCAGAGAAGGAGACUGAAAGGGACAUGUUUUUGUACAGAGCAUACAUCGCCCAGAGGAAGUAUGCUGUUGUCCUGGAUGAUAUCAAGACCAACUCCUCACCCGAGCUUCAGGCUGUCAGGAUGUUUGCUGAGUAUCUGUCCAAUGAAAGCAGAAGAGAUGCUAUUGUUGAUGAUCUAGACAAGAAGAUGGCGAAGAGUGUGGAUGCCACCAACACCACCUUCCUCCUCAUGGCUGCCUCCAUCUACUACCAUGAGAUGAACACGGAUGCUGCUCUCAGGACUCUGCACCAAGGAGAAAGCCUGGAGUGCAUGGCCAUGACUAUUCAGGUGUUGCUGAGUCUGGAUCGUGUUGACCUGGCGAGGAAAGAGCUGAAGAAGAUGCAGGAGCAGGAUGAGGAUGCUACUCUAACCCAGCUGGCCACAGCCUGGGUUAAUAUUGCUGUGGGUGGAGAGAAGCUGCAGGAUGCCUACUACAUUUUCCAGGAGAUGUCGGACAAGUACUCCUCUACACUGCUGCUCCUCAACGGGCAGGCGGCCUGUUACAUGGCUCAGAACAAGUGGGAGGAAGCUGAGGGAGUGCUACAGGAGGCACUUGACAAGGACAGCAGUCACCCUGAGACGUUGAUCAACCUCAUAGUGCUGACCCAGCACCUGGGCAAAGCUCCUGAGGUAACCAAUCGGUACCUCUCCCAGCUGAAAGAUGCGCACAGAGCCCAUCCAUACCUCAAAGACUAUUUAGCCAAGGAGAAUGAGUUUGACAGACUAGUGAUGCAGUACGCUCCCACCGCUACAGCAUAAGACAUCCGCUUUUGCUGUGACACCUCAACAAUGAACUUCAGUACAACACCAUACAUUGUCAGCAGUUUCUUUCUCUCUCUAACUUGCAUACCUGCAUUUGUUUUGAUAUUGUUACUUGUAAGAAAAAGUGUGUUUAACUGAAACUUUGGCUGUAUUAUGUAAACAAGACCAGAAGUCAUAAUUUCCCUUGAGUGUAGAUGAAACAUGUCAGCCUUAGUAUCCAUUCAUUAUAGAUUUGCAUCUCUCCAAUGGAAACAAACACAUCUGUUUAAUGUAAGCAUUCCCUUUGAAAUAAUAAUAAAUGGGUAAUACCUA